AUGCUGUCUUUCUUCACCCGUCUCGCUGCCGCCGGCCUUUGUGCCGCCUCCCUGGCGAACGCUGCGCCUGCUCCUGCUGAGCAGUCCCGGAUCGAGCGGAGAGACAUCUCGCAAGACCUGUUUGACACGUUCAAGCUGAUGAGCCAAUACGCUGCUGCGGCUUAUUGCCCGGACAACAACGACACCCCAAACACCAAGUUGACCUGCGAUACCGGCAACUGCCCGCUCGUCGAUGCCGCCAACGCAACCACUGUCAGCGAGUUUGAGAACUCCCUCAUCACUGACGUAACCGGUUACGUGGCCAUCGACACGACCAACUCGCUCAUCGUCGUCUCCUUCCGCGGCUCGGGCUCGGUGCGCAACUACCUGACCGACUUCAACUUCCCCUUGGUCGACGCGUCGGAGCUGUGCGCCGGCUGCCUGGCCUUCAACGGCUUCUGGACGUCGUGGAAGGAGGCGCGCACGGGCGUGCUGGCGGCGGUCAAGUCGGCGGCGGCGGCGCACCCGUCGUUCCAGAUCGUCAGCGUGGGCCACAGCCUGGGCGGCGCCGUGGCCGUCUUCGCCGCGGCGGAGCUGCGCAACGCGAACCGCAGCGUCUCGCUGUACACGUUCGGGCAGCCGCGCAUCGGCCCCGAGAAGGUCAGCGACUACAUCACGGCCCAGGGCGACAACUACCGCCUCACGCACAAGAAGGACCCCGUCCCCAAGCUGCCCCCCGUCCUGCUCGGCUACGUGCACGUCAGCCCCGAGUACUACCUCACCGGCGCCAACGACGAGGAGGUCGUCAUCGACGGCGUCGAGGGCCCGCUCGAGGGCAGCGUCAAUUUCAUGGGCAACACGGGCACCUUGGACGUCGACUUUGAUGCCCACGGCUGGUAUUUUGGGAACAUUUCGGUGUGCAGGCCGGAUGUUUUUGAGUUUAGGAAGAGGGAUGUUUUCAGGGUGCCUUUGAGGAUUUGA